AUGGUUGUUCUCCCAAGUCAUGGGCACCGCCACCUACACGGUAUUAAGCGCGAGCACGAUCAAGAUCAUGUUUACGAUGUUAGCCCCAAGAGCCCAACUGCAAAUGGAAAUGCAAACGGCAAUGGCAAUACAUCCGAGCACCAAAAUGCGCACAAGCAUAAGAAAAAGAAAAAGAACCAUCAUCAUAACCAGAAAGGGGAGCAGAAUGGACAGCAGAAUGCAAAGCAGAAUGGUAAAGGUGAAAAGAAGAAAAAGAAGCAAAGAUCAAAACACCAUUCUCACCCAUCGCAAUCACAUCAAAAAGAUAAAUUGAUGAGUGGAGGCUUAGGAGAAAUGAGUGCGGAAUUGGGCGAACCGAUCUUACCUUCUGCUCGCGAAUCUCGACCUUCGACACCUACGAUGCCCAAAGCCAUGCAAGAAAAGCAAGGCGAGAAGCAAAAGAGCAAGUCAAGAAACAACAAGACGGUUCAUUUUGAGGGACUUGGUGAUGAUCAUAGUCACAAUGGUGAAGAGGCGGGAACUGAUAGAGUGAAGAUGAAUGGUCCGAUUUUACCACCGACUUCCAGCCCAAUUCUCCCCCCUACUGCAAAUCAUCCACGUCCACGAGCCUACUCGGGCAACGGUCAGACUCCCAUUCUUCCACCAGCUUCUCCGAAUCGUUCAAAUCUUGUCCGCAUUUCUCCCAUAACUUCAACUCCAAUUUUGCCACCAACCUCGCCCUUCAGAAUGAGACGUGGCUCAACUGGCAAUGUUUUCAGUAAUCCACCACCUACCUUCUCCGCAGCAGUUCCUCUUUCGCAAGCCAUUCGGCCAUCAGCCGCCAAACUAUCUGACCCUAAGCCCAAGGAUGAUGAUUGGGAGUUCAGCACUGGAAAAAUUCGUGCAAUGAUUGGUAGCCCCAUGGAGAAGGAUGCUCAGCGAGAGGAAAAUGUUGCCUUUUCGGCCAACUACAUUCAAUCGCCAAUGCGUCAAUCGCAGGGUAUCAAUGUAGCAGGCGUCAAUUUCAAUACUAUUCAUCUGAAACACCGUGAAACUUCCAUCUUAAAGGAGAAGAGUAAUGGGCUUCAAGUUUGCUCAGUCGCUCAAGGAAGCAUUUAUGUUACCCUCGAAACGAAGAAAUUUCGCAUGUCCAAAGAUUCUGAAUCUACUAUUGCAGCUACCAGUGAGACUACUCAUUUAUCUGGUAUGAUAGCUGCGCAAACGUUUCUAGUCAUUGGUGCACCGGCGAAGGGUAGAAAGCACAUAUUUGAGAAUCAUUGCGAAUGGGAGGGAACCUAUGAAUCAUUUGCACUUGCAAUUACGGCAAACGUUAGGCUUGAAUUGAUACUUAUUUUAAGUAUGAUGCUGAAAUUGGCUGCAGAAAGUCAAGGUUCACUCGAGCCUCAACUUCAAUUACAACUGGGUUUGGCGAAAGCUCUUCCAUGGACACCAGCGGUUGAAACGACUACUGCUAGUGAUCGAGCACCCGUACAAGGAGGAUGGAGUCCCAAACCUACAGCGCCUCCGAAUAAAGCUCUUGAGGUUUUAGAGCUUCUGAAACGUCAAACAAAUGCGAUAAAUACUUGCGGGUACUUCAAUGGCGUAGAAUCGGAACCCUUUACUUGUGCCGGAGCAGGUUACUGCGCUCAUAAUUCGUACUCUGCAGUCGGUUGCUGUACAGGAGAUAUCGACCUGUGCGAUAUCUUCACAACUUGCGUUGACUACUCCUCAAGUUCGACACUUUGUGCUCUGGCAGGGUCCUUGACAGGAUGUUGUGAUGAUGCUGGAUAUCCAUAUUGUGCGACUUAUCUUUGGGAUGAUCCUCAAAGGAGUAUGAUCCGUUGCGUGCAGUCUCCAGCACUUUAUCUCAUGUCCGACUACCCGGUCACUGGUACCGACUCGAUAACCGGCACGCCUGUCGCCACAAUAUCUCGAAGUCUUGGUUCAGCAGCAAGCAGUGUUCAGAACGGAGAUGAUGCUCAGGAUGUAACAAGUGCUUCGGGGAAUGCAGUAACUUCAGCAGGUGCACGCAGCUCGGCAUCUUUAUCGCCACUGGCAACUCCACUCACAAGUACAACAACUCAUAAAAAAUCCAGUGUUCCACUAGGAGCAAUUAUCGGUGGAGUCAUUGGCGGCGUGGCGGUAAUCGCACUCUUAAUUUUUGCCAUCGCUUUCUUCAUUAGAAGAAAACGAUCAAAUGCAACGCCAACAACACCUAAGCCUCCGCAUCCGCCUCAAGUCUCAGCGAUUCUUCCGAAUAACCCAUAUCAAGGACCAACUUCAAACCCGCCUCCUCCGUUUUACGACAACCGUGCGAGUAUCGCAAAGGCAGCAUAUCCUGUGAAACAUACAACGGAAAUGGCAAAUACUGUGUAUAUUCCUCCCGCCAUGCCCGAAUAUUAUCAGUCGCCGAAAGAUGAUGAUGCACCUGUUUCGCCAAAUACCGAUACACAUAGAUCUUCGAGCCAUCAAAGAUAUAGUGAUCCAGGCUAUCAGUACUCUGAAAUGGAUGCAACUGCGUUAAAUUCUUUGAGUGCGGAUGGAGUGGAGUUAAAUGGUGUGGCGGAGAGACCGAGCCACGAAGCAGAAAUUGGUCCGUCAAGAUACUCAGCGCAUUCAAAUAUUGGGACUCCCCAUAUCAUCGUCUCACAUAUCUCGGUCUUAAAUAGCCUCUCCGAUUACUUCACCAUCACAUACCUCUGCGAUCCUUCUCCUGCUGCUCUUGAACAUUGUUCCCGAAAAGUCACCGGGAACAUUCCGAAAACGACCACCGAUGCAGCAGAACUCUGCUCAUCUUCCGAUGUCGAUGUCGUUUUGAUAUGCAGCGCACACGGCUUUCAUCCUUCCCAGGCUAUAUUGGCAUUACACAAUGACAAAUACACGCUAGUGGAGAAGCCAUUGGCGUUAUGCUAUCGAGAUAUAGAGCAACUCGAAGAAGCGGAAAAAGGAUCGGCAGGCAAAAUCUUUGUAGGAUAUCAGAGACGAUAUGCUCAGGCAUUCGUUGACGCUGUAGAGGAAAUAGGCGGCCUCGGCAAGAUCCAAUAUGCACGCGUUAGAGAUAUAAUCGGACAUAAUAGCCACUUCGUAAGUCAAUCGGCGACAUACCCGAGAAAUUUCACAGAUUUCAAGCGAGAGGACUCGGAAGCGAUGGCAACCGUUCUAGAUGAACAGAUUACGCACGCACUCGGGACAGAUCUCGCUACCCAUGACCUGAGUGCAAUGCGAGAGAUACUUGGUGGGGGUAUGCCCCAGAAAGUCCUGGGGUCGUCUCUCGGUCUACCAUUCUGGACGGUUUUGUUCCAAUUCGACGGAUUUGCGUUGACCUAUGAGUCGGGUGUCAAUAACGUCCCAAUUUUCGAUGCUCACAUAGAAGUAUAUUCGGAAGAUAAGAUCGUUCGUGUCAAUUAUGACACUCCAUACGUCAAAGGUCUUCCCGUCACAAUGACGAUCAGGGAAAGAGUUGGUGAAUCAGGAUAUCAGGAAAGAACUGUGAGGAAAACAUACGAGGACCCAUAUACUUUGGAAUUCUUGGAUUUCCACGAUUGUGUUGUCAAUGGGAAAACUCCCAAGACAAGUGUCAGUGACGCGAGGAAAGAUUUAGAUCUUUUCAAAAUGAUCAUGCAAUCUGGAAUAGUCUCAUGA